AUGUCUUUCACCGACAACGAUAUGUGUGAUCAAGUGGCAGUCAUCGCCUACGAUCUGGACUCUGCUCUCAAUACAGUGCCUUCCUGUCUCCAGACUCUUCUGGAACAAAACUAUCCACUGUCAAUGCUGAAGAAGGAGAAGAUCAAGGAGUUGGUCACCAAAUACAUCCAUUGUCCACAAGUCGGAAGUCUGGCGAGAAGAGUGAUUGGAAAGAUCAACAGUAUGGAGCAGAAGGAAUCAAUGAAAGAGAAUGUGAAGAGCCGUAAGCGUGCUUUGAGUGACGACUCGACAUCAUCGUCGUCUAGUGGCUCUUCUAGAAGUUCAACCGAACAGACUUCCAAGCCGAAGAGUUCUCAAAAUAUGAUUGGAUCGUCUUCUCGUCUUCCAUCCGUACAUCCAACAUUUGUUCAACCUGAAAUGCAUUUCGUACGUCGAGUCACGCCUUCUGAAUCUCAUAACACCAUUAUUCCAAGAAGAACUGAUCUUGUAUCCAAAUCGAAGAGAACUUCAUCUAAUUCGCCACCUUCAAACGACGAACUAAUGGGACUCAUUGCCUCCAAGAGAACGAAUCCAGCCAAGUUUGUUCCGAAAUCGAAAGGAUUGCUGACCAAUUCUUCCUCCAACUCCAAGAAUAUUCCAAUUUCCGCUCCAACAAAAACAUCACCUGAACUGAAGAAAGCCGAGAACGAUCGAAUGGAGAGAAUGAUGAUGGCACGACGUGAAGUGAAGAAAGAGGCCGAAAAGAAAGCAGAAGAAGGAGUGAAAAGUGUCAAACAGAUGUUAAUGGAGGCUAGAAACCAAAGAAUCGCUGAAGCUCAGAAAGCAAAAAGAAGUGGAUCGUGGGAGGAGUCGGAACAGCCAAAAGCCAAGAGAGGACGUUUCCAACACAAGUACCGUUAA